AUGCUAGCAAUUUAUCUGGCAUCUUGGGAGAACCCAAGUUACUUUGAUGGUGGGAGAGUUAUGUCUGUGCUUUUCUCCCCCACAGCAGCCCCUGUGACCACGAGAGUUUUAAUCAUCACUGAUGGGUACCUCUCCUCUGUAGAGAGCAGAAAUCUUUCCCUCCUGUUUAAUCUUGCCCUGCUCUCCUUGGGCAGAAACAACAUUGAGGAUGUUCAGGAAGAUGCCCUCUACGGCCUUUCCAAGCUGCGGACAUUGUUGCUGGAGCACAACCAAAUAUCCAGCUCCUCCCUUACCGACCACACCUUCAGCAAGCUUCGCAACCUGCAGGUGCUGGUGCUUAGCAAUAAUGCUCUCCACACCCUGCGAGGGUCCUGGUUCCGAAACACCAGGGGCCUGACCCGGCUCCAGCUGGAUGGCAAUCAGAUCACGAAUCUGACAGACAGUUCUUUUGGGGGCACUCAUCUGCACAGUCUCAGGCAUCUGGAUUUAUCUAACAAUUUUAUUUCCUACAUUGGGAAAGAUGCCUUCCGGCCCUUGCCUCAACUGCAAGAAGUGGAUCUUUCCAGAAACAGGUUGGUCCACAUGCCAGAUGUUUUUACACCACUGAAGCAGUUAAGCCUUCUGAGCUUAGAUAAGAACCAGUGGAGCUGCACUUGUGAUCUCCACCCACUUGCCCGGUUUUUAAGAAACUACAUUAAGUCUUCUGCUCACACGCUCAGGAAUGCCAAGGACCUAAAUUGUCAGCCAUCUACCACAGCUAUAGCCACUGCAAAGAGUGUGCUCAGACUUUCUGAGAGCAACUGUGAUUCCAAGGCUCCCAAUCUCACUCUGGGUCUCAAGGACAGAAGUGCCCUCCUCCCAGGGCAGGAUGUGGCCCUGCUGACUGUCCUUGGCUUUGCAGGAGCGGUUGGUCUCACUUGCCUAGGUCUAGUUGUAUUUAACAAGAAACUCCAACAAGGCAAAGCAAAUGAACACACAUCAGAAAACCUUUGUUGCAGAACCUUCGAUGAAUCCCUGUGUGCUCAUGAAGCAAGAAAUUACCACACUCAGGGAUACUGUAACUGCCACUUAACUCAGGAAAACGAGAUAAAGGUCAUGUCCAUUGUGGGGUCCAGAAAGGAAAUGCCACUUUCACAGGAAAAUACCCAUCAAGCAGCACCAGCCUCUGAGUCCACAGCCCUUGACAGAUCAUUUAGAAAACUGAAAGGGAAAGACGAUGAGACAGACAGCCCUUUCUUCUGCCUUGGUGGCAAAUUGUUGCAGUCCGGAUGUUCAGAGCCUCCUGAGAAUAAAGUAGCUUUUAAUGAAGCUGGCUUAUUUACAAGAUUUUGUCCAGAAACUGUUGAAAAGAUAAGGAAUCAUGAGCCUGGGGGAGGCCAACCUCAAACUCUGCCUCAGCAUGUAACAACAAUAGAUAUCAGCAGUGACACAUUUAGUAGAAGAUAUGCAACAUCCGCUUCAGCCUUGGCAAGAGAAAGUCUUGAAAAGCAUUUAACAAAUGAAUCAUGGCAGCCUCCAAUAGAAAAAGAAGACAAUGGCUUACAACCUCACAGGCAGAGACAUUUUAGUAUAAGCUCAUCAUCCAAGCCUUGUGAGCUCAAGGAACACUGUGUAGAAAGGAUCCUACAAAAACACAGAUCAAAAUAUGAUGAUCCUUGUGGACUAUUAAAACAGAGCAGGCCCAGGUGUUUUCAGCCAAACAAUUCUCUUAUCUGUAAAUAUGUGCCCUGUGAUCAAUUUCCAGAUUAUGUGAGAGAAAAGAAGCCAAAUCAUAGAGAACAUUCAAAGCCUGAGAAUGAGCAAAUCCAAAUUAACAGCGCAAUAGAAAAAUUCCUUAUGAGGAAGGACAACAUGGAGUUAUCGAGUUUACCAACAAAAAUCAAGAGAACAUAUACCUUAAAGAGGGUUAGCAUCCAUGAUCCUGAUUUAGUAGAAAAAAAUAGGUUGGUGAUGUCACCCAAAACAUCAACCCAUUGGAAGCAGCAAAAAAAUCAAAGUAAACACCUGACCAAUUUGGAUCUCAGAAAAUGUAACAAUCCUCAGGAGAGACACAAAGGAGGAAAAUGGUUUGGUUAUCCACAUAUUCUGAAAAAGAAGAGAGCCAACCAAUCUGACCUCAAAGGGAAAAUUAAAGGAAAAAAAUUAAACAUAAAAUUAAAUUUGCAUCCUUUGAAAAGAUCCAGAGUCCAUCCAGAAAAAUCCUUGCCAGAACUUUCAAAGAAACACAAACAAGUAUUAUUAUUUCCUAAUUCAUUACCUACAACUUCUGAGAAAGAAGCCAGAAUAAACCUUGAGUCCUCAACAGAUUUUCCCCAACAUCCAGGGAGUAGCAAAUAUGUUCAACCCACUUCAAAGAGGCUGACUCUCGAACGUGACCCCAAACAGACUGGACAUUUCAAAAAAAACACUAAAAAGGCCCCUUUGCUGAGUGCUAACAACUUGUCUGUGGUCAGCCAGAGCUCUGUGAAAGGUAACGGUUACCGUACAGGUCACAUUCCAGAUGGAAACCCCCCAACAUUACCAGAGCCUGUACCCAUCAUUGCUGAGUCACACUCUCAACUCUCCAUUGAGCAAAUUGGAGGGGCAACUGACCUCUUGUUACAAGUUCCUAGUUACUUACCAAGUUCUUGGAAAAAUGCAAGAAGUGAGGUUUUGCCAUGCCACCAUUCUAAGGGGGCUACCGAUCAAGGAGCAAUGGAGCCCACUGAGCCAGACAAAUCCAAGACCAGUGCACUAGACCAGUGUUCUCUGUCUCUGGGGAAUCAAAUACAAAUUCUAGGUGUCCACAAGACUGACACCUACAAGGAAUACACUUCAGAUCAAAAUCAAACUUUACAAAAUGUAGAGAAAGACUCAAGACAUGACCAACUUGGAAACAAAGAAAAAAUAUUAAUGGCGACACAGAAAAUAUCACACCAAAUUGUGGAAGCUUGCAUUGUGGAUAAGGGAAGUGAUGCAGGAAAAAACCUUCCUGAAACAGAAAUUUAUGAUUCCUCUCUCACUCCCCAGUUACAAUCCAAGGACAACCUAAUGCACAUGAAGCCAAAUCCUACUCCAUAUCAAAAUAGAAUGGAGCUUUCCAAGGAUAUCAGUACUUUUUGUACCCAAGCCACUUGGCAUCUAACCAACAGUAGUGAAAAAGGAAUUGACAGCACAAAUGCAUUGCCCAGAGAUGACAGCACUGAAGCACUAAAGAUAAAAAUAGUGGGAAAAGAAGAAGGAAAAAUGGCUGAUAAAAGCAAGGCAGAUUCUAGUAUGUUAAUUCAGACCACAGAGAUGACUUUAAAAGACAUCACUAAAGAAACACAGAAAUCUUGGGAAAAUGGAAAAAGUGAAAAAGGUACAUUCUACGAUUCAAGUUCUGUUGAUGCAACUAUUGUAGCUAAGGAUUUGAGGACUCCAAGUUUCCAAGAAACCAAAAAUAGACUGCCUGGUGAUGAAAUAGAUCUUCAAAUUAAUUAUGUGCAAGAUUUAAGAGAUGUUCAAAAUAUGCAACCAGAUAAAGAUAAUAAUGCCCAUGAAGAAGGUGCAGUGACAAUGGGGGCACAUGAGGCACUUUCCAUCUUACCAGAGUUAAAAGACAGUAGUUUUGAGGCAGAAAAUGAGAUGCCUCUUAUUCCUGAGAGAGUAAAUGAAGCUGAAAACUGUGCUCCCAAAGCUAUCCCAUGUCAACCAUCUGCUGUGUAUGCUAAUACAUCACCCUCAGAGGCAUAAAAUAGUGAACAAAUUAACUCAAAUAAUAAGCACUUUUAACUUUAACUUUCUUCAAAAGGACACACAAAUACCCCUGAUUUUGCAUGUAUUUCAACUGCACUAUUUUAGAUCCUCAUUAACUCAUUAAUGAAAAUACAUGAUUAAAAAUAAUGCAAAGAUCAAAGAUUAAAUGACAUAUUUUGGACACAAUUAAUUGACUUUGCUAAGGAAUGAGAAAAUGGGAAAGAAUAGGUUUGUGUAGUCCUGGGAAAGAAAAAAAAAUGUUUUUUAAAAAGCCAUAAGCAAAUGAAAGAUUUAAAAAAGAAAAAAGUACUUAAGCCGAUUUACA